AUGUGGACGCAUCGUCUGGAGCUGCUUUUCAGCCCAGACAGAGACAUUUGCAUUGAUGAGCAGCUGGUGCCAUACCGAGGACGGUGCAAUUUCAAGCAAUAUAUCCCAAGCAAGCCUGCAAAGUACGGUUUGAAAAUAUGGGCCGUAUGCGAUGUCAAAACCUCCUACGCCUGGAGACUCCAGGUGUACACCGGCAAAGCUGGCGACCGCGCGGAGGUCAACCAGGGGAUGCGGGUGGCCCUGGAGCUAACAGAGGGGCUCCAGGGAAACACGGAGCUUCCACCUCAAUUGCUCCAAACAAGAGGAAGAGCGAUCUUCUCCUCCGUCUUUGCCUUCACUCUCACGCACACCAUCGUCUCCUACGUCCCCCGACGCGGCAAGAACGUGCUACUAAUGAGCACAAAACACCGCACGCCUGGUGUGAGCGAGGGACAGAAGCGAAAGCCCGUAAUCAUUCAAGAUUACAACAGGUGCAAAGGAGGUGUGGACAACCUCGACAAGCCAGGUGUAGGUGUGAAGGGGAACCCUGAUGGUUACCUUGACUACAAAGCUCACCCUUACAGGACCCCAGCUGAUGCCAACAGCAGCCGAGCCACAAGGCAGACAGAGAAGAUGGACAGUGACUUUUGUAAAGUGCACAACAACAACAACAACAACAUCGUCAUCCUGAUCCAGGAAGAAGCCCUCAACUUUAACAAGUUUUAA